AUGGCGUUGGCAAAGGGCCUAAGCCCACUACAUGUGUUGGCAGCGAUACUGGUGGUGAGGCUUGUAUCAGUAUUCUUGGUGCGAACAUGGUUUGUCCCAGAUGAGUACUGGCAGACUCUGGAAGUGGCCCAUAAGCAAGUAUUUGGCUAUGGAUCUCUAACUUGGGAGUGGCAGCAAGGAAUCAGAAGUUACUUAUAUCCUGCACUAAUUUCAGUAUUGUAUUAUGUGUUAAAACUUACUGGACUGGAUUACCCUGAAGCUGUGAUAAUUCUGCCUCGUGUUUUCCAAGCCAUCUUCAGUGGUUAUGCUGAUUACUGCUUUUAUCAAUGGACUGGCUAUAGAAAGUGGGCUUUGUAUUUGGUGCUAACAUCUUGGUUCUGGUUCUACACUUGUAGCAGGACAUUAUUACAGACUGUUGAAACUUCAUUAUUAAUAAUUGCUCUCUCGAAGUUCCCAUUUAAAGAUGGGAAACAAAGCUAUUAUAGCAAAGAAAGUUUUGUCUGGUUGUGGAUAGCUGUUUUGUCUGUAUUCAUUAGACCAACAUCCGGACCGAUGUGGGCUGUUUUCGGAAUCUACAACCUUUUAACUACUAAAGAAGGAAGACUGAGAUUGAUUGUAAGAACUUAUGUACCCAUUAUGCUGAUUGCUGCAGGAGCUCUCAUUUCUGUGGAUUCUUAUUUCUAUGGACGUUGGAUUGUCACCCCAUGGGAGUUUGCUAAGUUUAAUGUCAUUAAUGAUUUUGGUUCAUUCUAUGGUGUUCAUCCAUGGUAUUGGUAUGUGAGUCACGGGCUGGUGUCAGUUGUUGGUGUAAAUGUAUUGCCGCUGAUACUGUCUCUUGUGGCCGUACUGCGAAGACCCAGAGAGCACACAGUCAGUAUGCUAUUAUUGGCCGCGGUAGCUGUUCACAUUGCUGUCCAUAGUUACAUUUCUCAUAAAGAGUUAAAAUUAUUGCUCCCAGUGGUGCCAUUACUUUUAUAUGUACAACAAGAAUUUGUCGUGCGAUGGAGUAGGAAAGCACCAAAAUGGCAACUGUAUACUUUCGCCGCAAUGAUACUGUUGGGUAAUGCAACCAUAGCAGGUUAUUUCGGUUCUAUACACCAAAGGGGUACGCUCGAUGUGAUGCCGCUAGUACGUGACGCUGCCGCAGAACGGAACGAUACCACGAUACUCUUCCUUAUGCCAUGCCACUCCACGCCGCUUUACAGGUUGGUAAUAAAUAAUAAUAAAAUAAAUUAUGAAAAUUUACGCAUGAAUUUAGACCUCAAAUGAAAUAGUCAAAGCUUUAGUGAAGUGGUUCUUAAUCUUUUUGGUGGAUUAACUAA